AUGUUUCUUUAUGGUGUUUCAUUAAGACACGGCUGGGGCUGUAAGAAGAAUGAACAUCUUGCAUUUCAGUAUUUACAAAAGGCAGCUGAACAUGCCGUAGAAGACUUGACCAAUAUUACGAAUGCUGUUAGUGCAUCUGCUUCCAAAGGUGAACUUGUUAUGGCCAUUUAUGAAUUAGGUGUUUCCUUUAAGCACGGUUGGGGUUGCAAAAAGAAUAAAGAAUCCGCUGCUUAUUUCUUCAAGAUCGCUGCUGAUUUGGGAGACCCAGAUGCUCAGAAUGAUAUUGCACAUUGUUAUAAUCAAGGUAUUGGUGUCAAAAAGGAUUUAUACAUGGCAGCCAAGUAUUACCGAAAGGCUGAUAAACAAGGUCAAGGUAUCAUGGGCAACUCUUGGAUUUGGAAGCCAAAGUAUGAUCCUAAAUAA